CGAUACAUUAGAGGUCUGUGUUGCAUUCAACAAGCAAUAAGCAUUUUAGUAGCGGUAAUACGCUGAGUCGGUACUCGGUUCGAAGGAUUGACUGAUCAAUUAAAAUUGAAUCACUGACGUAUACGUGGGCGGUAUCAAAACAUUCAAAUCCAUGUGUGUUGUGUUUCUACAUAGCUGUAACAAUUAUUUUAAAAAAAUAUAUAAAAUAAACUCAAAAUGAAAUAAAGAUCAGUGUAAUUUUUCAUUAGAUUUUCUGUCAAUAUUCAAUUAAAACAAAAAAAAAAUCGAUUUUGUGCGUAUCUUUAUAAAUUUUGUUAAGUAUGACGGCAUCCGCUAUGAUUGAACUGGAAUCCUGGAUUAUUUAUCAGUGUGUCCUCAAUGAGUGUCAUGUAUCCAGCUCCUGAGCCGAGAAAAUAGUUUAGCUUCGGGUUUUUUUAAUAAUCUCCAUGGUAGCCACGUCAAUGGAGGGCAGCGCUUGGUGCGCGCGAGACAUCUCCCUCCGGGCGCAGAAGAAGUUCCUCUCCCGCGUUGGGGGAACGGCCAGCGCAAGAGCUCUGGUCCUCGACGAGCAUGCUGCCAAACUGUUUGAUCAGUUCCUCAUAGUCCUCCGACAGCGCAUAGAGAAAAGAGAAGCAGAGAAGCUGGUGAAGCACGUGAUCAAAUGUGCUGUGAAGCUCGGAGUGCUGCGGAGACAUGGUCAACUCUCCGCCGCCGAUGAGAGGGCACUAGCUGCCUUUAGAUCCAAGUUUCAUACGGUACUAAUGGCGGUGGUGUCAUUCUCCGAAGUAGAUUUCUCAUACGACAGAAACUUUCUACUAGAUGCCCUGCGUGAGUCUCAUCAAUCAAUCAAGUCAGUAGUGGAGCGGCAUUUGUCAGACAAAUCAGUGUCGCGAUUGGCCGGGGUAUUCAGUAUCAUAUCUCGAGGUGAUCUCUUGGAUUCUCUCUUCGCGGGACAAAUAGACGAAGACGUCCUCAAACUUACCAGGAUGCUUCGGAAAGAGUUGGAUCGGGGCCUGCUUUAAGCUGAACAGAGUGAAGUUCUGUGCCGUCCUAUUAAUUUGGCGUAAUGCGCCUUUCUUCUUGGCUUUUAGAUGUCCUAGUGUCUUUGAAGGCUAGUUUGUGAGCUGUUUGAAGGAUUCUUACGCGAAAGCUUUGAAAGCUAUUCUAAUGAAGGUUGUCAGAAUGUUUUGAAAGCUGGAUUAGACUGAGGCAAUUUUCAAAUGUUGAUCACGAUCCAAAUCAUGCAGAAUCAAUUGUAAGCAGAAACAUAAGAAAAGUAAACAUUAAUUGUCGAUUCCCUUAUACUUUAGAUAACAUAAAUGCUGAUUUGCAUCCUGCUUUUAAAAACAAAUGCAUUAUUGCCUCAGUCAUACACAGAGACUUUCUACACUGCCUGUAUCGAAUUGCUUCGACUGUAUUUUAGGAAUCUCUAACGUCGACAAAAUACAAAUGCACACUAUGAUUGAUAUUAUCAUGUUUAAGUAUUACUACUUUGUACGAUGUAUGCUCUCUUUUUAAGUGUUUUUUGUAGAUUCAAGUCAUAUCAUAAGUUUUAAGGCGUAGCCUCCACGAGCGAAAAUAAGUAGCAUCGCGGUGUUUCGGAGUAUAGUCUCAGUGUAGUGAUAUGACUCGCUACGGAAACGCCUCAUAUCUUCUCGGUUGUCGCCGAUUCGUUGAACAAUUUUUUUGAAUAGAGUACGUAUGGCCGUAGUAUUUACGUAGGUCAGACAGACCUAGCAGCAAGAGUGCGACGUUCCUCGGCGAGUUUGCUACGAGGAUGCCGCGUUUAGUGACGGACUCCGAUAUGUUGAUAAUUUGCUCGCAUUCAGCUGCUCGUCGUACUGUUGCCAUAACAUCACCGUGUGGAGGGAUGUUCUUACUAGAAUUAGUGUAUACAUACAAUUGGCACAAUGACAAUGUCACUCGCUUGUGGAAGUGUCGCCUUACCAUUGUAUAAACAAUGGGUGGCAAAGAUGUCUACUGUUAGUGAAUAUUUUAGGUGUUUUGGUGUGAGUAGUUUAACUAAAAGCUCUCUUUAAAUUUUUAUAUUUAUACGUUACCAACUUCGAAGAGGAAAAGGAACCUUUAUAUUAUUAUAAACGCUUUGUUAUCUAAUUUACAAGUCUGUGAAGUUUUAAACAAAAAUGUAAUUGAAUGCUCACAAAAUCUUUUUAUUUUUUACUUAGCUUGCCGUGGAAAUUUGCCUAUAUUUGUUUUUUAUUUAGUUGACUAUAAAUUAAUUAGUUUAAAAUCGUUACCAUAAAACGACACCAAAAUUUAAGUAGUCAUUAUUUUUAAUACUUUAUCUAUAAAUACAUCUAUAAAAACAUUUGAUUUGACUGAUAAAGUAAAAGGAGAAUUCAUUUAAAAAUCAGAUUUAGUAACACUAACGCACACUGGUGUCUAGAUAAUUGUUAAGUAAUGGUCAUUAUUUUAAAUAUCAAGUUAUGAUUUGAAUUCUUUUAUAAAAGCCUACAAAGCAUGAAAACAGAUACUAUAUUAUGUACAUUACAAAAAAUCAUUCUUAGAUAACAUGUUCACUAACGAAUGUUAUACCGUUUCGUAUGUAUACAAUUUCGUAGUUCGUACACAUACUGUAGAAAUGGGGAAAGAUGAAACAAAUUACUUACACAGUAAAAAAUCAUGUUUGUAUAAUUUGCUUUAUAAUUAUUUUGUUUCUAAUUCAAUAUUGGUAAUAGUUUUGAUUUUAUGCCAGUCGUAUUUAUAUAUUUUUAAUUUAUUUUGGCAAAUUAACGAUUUAUAUCGACAUACAUGUUAGCACUAUUAAUUAUAAUAUGAUUAUUCUUAUGAUUAAUGUAGUGUUAUCUGUAGAUGUUUAGGGCUAAGCUCACUUUAAGGCAAUAAUUUGCAUGAAACUAAUAUUCAAGUAGUUAUAAGUUUAAAUUAUGCUUAACUUGCUCAUAUUACUUCUAUGAUCUUUUUUAUAAUCUUGCCUAAUAUUAUCUACGAAUAUUUGAUAUAUUUUGCAUUUAUAAUUUAUAGUUAGCAAUGGUUACCAUAAUUAUAUUUGUAAGAUACCACAUGACAAUAUUUUAGCUAAGCUUUGGUGGUGAUUUAUGGUUCACGAAUAACGUAGAUGUUUUGAAGCACGCAUGCUUAUAAAAUACUUUUAUAAAUUCUAUUGUGUUUGAGUUUUCAAACUUAAAUUAUAUGUCAUAAUUGAAAAUAAUAGUCGUUUGUUAACACUCAAAUUAUUUGAAAUUUUAAAAAGUUAAUCUCACACAAUAUCUUUUAUGAAAUCAUGUCGAGAUAACAAAAUAAUUUAACGGAUAACUAACUUAUUUGUGUGCAAUAAUUGUGUUAAUGAAAGACGAUAGUAACGGUUGUUGUUUUUUUUUCAAUUUAUAAUCUUUAUAUGCUCGUUUUCUGUAAAUGUAAGUAAAUAAUAAGCACCGUAUGUAUAUCGACAGUACUUGCACAUGUAUCUACACAUAUCUAUAGUAAAACUUAUAUUAUUCUUUACCUGAAGCAUAGCGGAGUCUUUUUAUCGUCAAGUAAGCAUUGCGUUUUGGUUAGAAGGGUGCCUUACGGUAGAGAGCAUUAUCGUGGUGCUGAUUAGAAUUUAAAGUUUUUAAGAAACUGUGCGUCACAGCUUUGUAGUGAGCAGGGCUUACAAUAAGUGAUAUGCCCCGCUCACUGGUAAGCCAUCAAGUGAGGCCUUAAAAGUCGAAUGAAAUAACGCGUCUUGCCAUAAAAUAAAUGUAAGAUUAACGAGCUAUGCAAGGAUAAACAAGCAGAACAACUGUACGGCACCCAACAGCCUUUGAUACAAUAUUAAAAUAAACGAUAAGAAUAUUAUCUAGUUUGACGAACUUUACUGGAUUUUUUGCGUGACAUGUAUUCAGCAAAAUAAGGCGUACCAAGACGUGCUGUUGAAUUUUUAGAUCGCACAAUACUAAAGAAUCCGCUGGUGUGUUAACAUAACAAUAUAAAAAGUAUUUGUAUUUAUAUAUUGGUGUGUGUAAUACUAUUAUUGUUUUAAGUAUAAUUUAUUUACCACAACUUUGAAUAUAUAAUUACUCUUGUUAUAUAAUAUUUAUAUUAAUAUAAGGUUUGUCACGGACAAUCACGUCGAGACCGGCGAUUUGAUAAUAAUCUAUAUCUAGUUCGAAUUACUUCUAAACUUACCUUCUUCUACUCAGCUUCUAAUUUUACAGAAAAAGAAAUAUAUCAACUCGUAUGUUUUUGGUAAAAUUUACAUGAAUAAGAUUUGUGAAUAAUAUUUUAUAUCAACCUUGUCGAAUGUUUAUAGAAUACAUAACGUUGGACCAAACUACACGCAACAUAUCUGAAUCACAUAUGAAUUAGGAAUGCCAUAAUAUAUUUGUCACAUCACUUAGGUUUAAAAUAAUAUGUGAUUAUCCCAUCAUGAACCUUAUAUAGUAGCUAUGAUUCAGAAUAUACUUUAUUAAAUCUGGAGUUGCGCUAAACAAUUCUUAAUUAAGCCGAGAAACGCCAAAAAAAAUCAUUAUAAACAUGAAAAACGCACCGCACGUUGUAUCCGAGUGGUGUAGUGUCCUUUAUGCUAAAGGAGACUACAUAAGAUAGAUUGUUUAUGCAUAUCAUAAUAUUGAUAAAUAGUAAUGUUGCUUCGUAUCACUUUGUACUAGUUAUAUUUAUUUUUAUUUAUGUUAAUUUAUACUUAUCUUAUAAUGCUCUGUAAAAUUGUUUUUCUGACAAUAUUUCAAGUUAAUAAUUUUCUCUUUCAUUUUUAUCUAAUUAAUUAAGCUUAAUAUUACCAUACUUUAUCAAUUAAUGCCAAUUUUGACUUAUUCUAUUUCAUAAUAACAAAUGCCACCGUCCUACAGCUUAGGUAUUGAUGGUAAAUAAUCAUAAACGAUUUUUUUAAUAAAUUGUUCUCAAAAGGAUUAUUAAAAUAUUAAAUCAAACCAGAUUUUCAUUUGUACUUGUGUAAAGGUCACUUCUGUAAUUAUUCAGCGUAAAGUAGAGUACAGGUGAGAAGUGCAGUGUAACGGAAUACCGUUACACUAGAUAUACACAUUCAAUAUAUCACACUUGAUACUUCACAUUUCAUAAUUUCUUAUAAAGUCUUUUGACAGUACAGUUUACAUCUGUAUAGUAUUUAUCACUAAAAAGUCACUAUUUAACUGACAAUAUUUUGUUAAUGUGCACGUCUCUUAAUGUUUUAUUUAAUAUCAAUGUAGGUUAAGGCGUAUGUACCUACACUAGUCUUUUUAAAAUGAAAUAAGGUUUUUUCAAAUUUCUUAGCAUAAAAUUAUUUCUCCAAUGCGUUUAAUGUUGCAAUGUUCUUUUCAUUCUUUUUUAUGCUAAUAGAAAAUUGUAUCCCAAAUAAAUAUUUUUUUUUUAUCUCGCUAAAGUCGAGCAUAAUUUUCUUGUGGAUCGACAACACAAAAAUGCCUAUUUAGCCUGCUUAGAUGUUCCAAAACCAAGAUAUACUGUAUGUCCAGAUAUUGACCAGAUUAACAUCGCUAUAGAGUGACAAUAAUUAUAUUAUUGAUUUGCCAUUAGUUUUUUGUAAGAAUAUUAUUAUAAUAAUAAUUAUGAAAUAAUAUUGAUUAAUACUCAAGGAAAUUCUGUCAAAGUGUGGUAGAAUCAGAUUAAAAAGUAGUAUUGAAAUGAUUAGUGCCCAUUGUAAGUAAUAACCAAAUACGAAUUUGCUGUAUUUGUAUAAGCAGCCUAGCGAAACUCUCUAAGACAAAAGCUGUUCACUUAAUUGUAUGAAACGUGCAGGGAUUGACAGAUGACGGCUAUAAUUUUGUUAGAAACGGAGAUUGACGAAAUCCACUAAGUCUUAAACAACUGUUCGCUUUCAAACUUAGCCGGAAUAUACUUCGUCGCCACAUUGAAAUGACUAUUUUAAACCUAUGUCAAAACUCACUGCAUGUCAAUACAAAACUAAAUUUUAAUUUUCACUUAAUUACGUAGUAUUUACAUCCUCUUUGGUAUAAGUGUGACAAAAUAUAAUUGAGAGGGACAGAAACAGAUCGGGUGUCUGAUUCGUCAACCCUUUUUUACCUCCUGAGUUACUACCUAUUCUAAAGUAAAAUAUCUUUCGGACUUUAUAUUUUUUGUAAAUCGUAUAGUCAUGUAUACAGCAGAUAUGCAACCAAAAAUACGUUGCCCAUAUUAGGUCUGAUACUUUUUAUUUGUUUAGUAUUAUUAUGAUCCUACGUGAUAAAUUAUUAUUUAACUUAUAAUUUUAGUUCCCGCUGUGAUCGAUCUGUUACAUUAGGUAUUGUUUACAAAGCACGUUUGCUUAACCUAUUUAGUAUGUACCUAUGUAUUCAAUCUCACAUAUGAUGAAAAGGUCACAUUUGUAGAUAUUGUCGUCUUGUAUGGAACAAGUGUAUUGUUUGUAAGAUUUGAUAUCAAAAUAUACAAUAAACAUUA